AUGACGGCUUGCUAUCCUGGUCGAACCCAAGCUCCACUGUUCAUCCCCAAAAGAAGGCAGACCAGCACGGAGGUGGGAAUCUACAGCCACUUGGCAGCUUUUGAGAUCGAGUCGGACAGGAUGUUUUUAAUGCCACAUAAAAUCUUGUCUACAACUAUCAAUCACAACGUUGAUACCCCAAAACCACACAAACUCAACCUCAUCCUCAAUCCAAGUCAAAUAAAACAACUCAAAAUGUGCACCUCAACCUCCACCGGCCUCGUCAACCGCAACGGUCCUGGCUCUGCAGCCUCAUCCACCAUCUCCGAUAUCGUGAAGGGUACCAGUACCACUGGAAAGACAAAGUGUCUGGAGUGUGAUGGAUAUGAAUGCUGUUGCAUUCCUAUUCCUUGCACCGUUAUGUGA